GCUGGCUAUAAAUAUGUCCUAGCUAACCUCCUUUGCUCCAUAGCAUCAAGCAAAUCUUAGCCUUUCAGCUCCAAAGUAGAAGAUUUGAUCAUAUAUGGAAGCUCUAGCAUUUAUUCCAGAUUUCGAGGGCGAAGAUUUGAUCAUGUCCCAGUUGCUUGCUAAUUACUGUUCUGUCACAAAUGACCUGAAUCAUCAGGCUUCAAUCUCUCAAAUCCCAUUUGCAAAUUGUCCUAGCAGCCAUGAAUAUUCAGCAGCGAAGAACAUGGAAGGCAUUGCUAAUCUUUAUUCUCGCAGAAUUAUGGCAACAAAUUACCAUAACCCUGAACCUUUUCAUCCCUGGGAUGCCAGCAGUACCACCAACUUUUUUUUCAGUCAAAUUGAAGAAAAUGUAGGCAUGGACCGAGUAAUGAGAAAUUGCAACGUGGAAGAUCAUGAAUUCGUGUCUGAGAAUUCUAAGAAAAGGUCUUGCAGUACUUCUGUAGAUCAUGUCCAGAAGAACAAGAGGAAUGUGAAGUCAAAGAAGACUGAUCAAAAGCCAGUCUUAACUAGAAACAUUGCAGAUAGUUGCAGCUCAGGGGAUGAUGAACCCAUGAAUGCUAAUUCUAACCAGGAUUUGAGUCCAAAAGCAAGAAUCAGUAGGGGAUUAGCAACUGAUGCACAAAGCACAUAUGCAAAGAAAAGAAGAGAUAAAAUAAACGCAAGGCUGAGAAUUCUGCAGAAUCUUGUACCUAAUGGAACAAAGGUCGAUAUCAGCACAAUGCUUGAGGAUGCUGUUGAGUAUGUGAAGUUCUUAGAGCUUCAGAUCAAGCUUUUAAGCUCUGAUGAGCUGUGGAUGUACGCUCCUGUCGUUAACAAUGGAAUAGGCACUGGAAUUCAUGACUUGCUCAACUCUUGACGCUAAUCGUUCUGGAGGAGACAUUAGAGUGUACUUGGAGUUAAGCUGCUAGCUAGCACCUAUAAGACUAUUAGAGAAUUAGUGAAUAUUAAAAUUGCAGAUAACAGAGGCCUGUUGUUGGAAAUAAAGACCAAGGAAAAUGUUGAUAAGUAUUAGCAACUAAGGAAAGAAGCAUAUACCUAAACUUUG